CGGUCUGCAUUCACACACGUCAUAGAUUUCCCGGGCAUCUCGUACGCUCAUACCUCGCGAGACAACAAACACGCCAGCUUCUCUCCCGGAUGCUCCUCCAACAUGCGCUUAUGCCCCCCCAGAGAUCAUCCCCUCCUUCUUCCGAAUCGACUCCUCCACACUGGGUGUCUCAUCUGCAUCGCCAUUUCCCUGAAUCUCCCUCCCCCUCGCCUCCCUCUUCUCGAUCGCAUCAGCCCACGCCAUCUCCAACUCCUCCCCCUCAUCACAACUCCCCAGCAAACACACAUCCUCCCCCCUGGUCCCAAAAUCUCCGACCAUCUCUCCAUUCACCAACACCCCGGGCACCUCCGCACGCACCAACCGCGGCAACCCCGAGCACGGAGCAACCCUCAGACUUGUCGCCAAAACCAGCAUCAAAUCGGCACCACGGCCCUCCCCUCCUCCUUCUCAACUGCCUCGGGCAACGCCUCCCCGAAAAACACCACGUCGGGCUUCACCACGCCCCGCACCCCUCCACAGCACAAUACGGCACCUCCCCACCCCGCACCUUCCCCCGCAUCAGCUCAUCCGGAUACGGCACCUUGCAUGGAUAGCACCGCUGGGAGUUCCAGCUCCCGUGCGCCUGCAGGAUUCUGUCUUCCGGCACGCCCGCGUCGAGUUCCAGCCCAUCGAUAUUCUGCGUGAUGAGGAAAGACAGCAGGUCCUUCUGCGCGAGGAGGGCCAGGAAGACGUGGGUGAGUGUGUGGGGCGGAGAUCGCGUAGAAUGGCUCCGGCGUGUGCCGGAAGUAUCUAGCUGAUGUGGAAGAUGGCUUCUGGGGAGGGAAGAUUCAAGAUUCAGCGGGGCUAGUUUGUCGUAUAGGCCAGUGCGCGGGGAUGGGAAGUCCGGGGUCCCGGCUGCGGUGGAGAUGCCGGCGCCCGUGAGAACGACGAUGCGGGUCGCUUGGCCGGUUCGGAUCCGGUAGGCGAUGUCGCGAAGCGUGAGGGUUGGCUGGGAAGGUGAGGG